GGAUGAUUCAUGUUUUGAUUGUAAUAAGAAAUUUUAAUUCGUAUUCAUUUUGUUCCGUAUUUUUGACAUUUUUUUAUUUUCAUGAUUUUACUUAAAUGCUUCUCUAUAAAGUGUACACGUUUAUUAUUGAACAAGCAAUUUAAGAAUAUUUCAUCAUACUCGUUAACCAGUGUCUGUUCUGACAAUAUUACGCUGUCGGUGCACAGUGUACAAUACCAGAUGCUUUUUCCAUAGAUGCCACAUUAAGAUAAUAAUUUUGUCUGUUGAACAUAAUUAUUUUAAUAUAAUCGUCCAUAAAUAUAAUGGCUAAAGAAUAUGAUCAUCUGUUUAAGUUAUUGAUCAUCGGGGACAGUGGUAAGCAAUUUGGGUUGUCAAAUCAAUGAUCAAUAAUGAGAAACAUUCUAAUAAUAUUUUCUUAAUUAAUAUACCUAAAUAAUAUAUUUUUAAAUUAUUAUUUGCUUUAGGUGUUGGUAAAAGUUCAUUACUUGUUCGUUUUGCUGAUAACACAUUUUCUGGUAGUUAUAUAACAACCAUAGGCGUCGACUUCAAAAUCAGAACAGUUAUUGUUGACGGAGAAAAAGUUAAAUUACAAAUAUGGGAUACUGCUGGUCAAGAAAGAUUUAGAACAAUUACAUCAACGUAAUCCAUACCAUAUUUUAAAUUAAUUUUAAAUUUUAGAUAGUUAUUUAAUAAUUAUACAUUAUUUUUACAAAUAUUCUUCUUAUUAACAGGUAUUACAGAGGGACGCAUGGUGUUAUAGUUGUAUACGAUGUCACCAAUGGUGAUUCAUUUGCAAAUGUCAAACGAUGGUUACAUGAAAUAGACCAAAACUGUGAAGUUGUUAAUAGGAUAUUAGGUAAAUAACAUGUUUGAUAAAAAUUAUUUUAAAUCCAUAAUUAAGUGAAGAAUACUUAAUUAUUUAAUUAAAUCACAUUUUCAGAAUUUAUCAUUGUAAACUAUCAUACUUUAACUAUUUAUUAUACCUACCUAGGUAUAUAAGUGCUAAAAUAUUUUAAUAUGUGUUAGAGACAAGUUAGAAAUUAUGAUUAUUGUGAAGUAUUUAUCAAAUUUUAAGUAUUACAAGUAUAAUAUAUAAUAUCUUACUCAUUAUUUUUUCAAUUAAAUUGUGUUGUUAAAUAAAAAAAAUAUUUUUUUUAUUCAUUUAUGGCAUCAUAAAAACUAAGAAAAAUAUGUCACAAACAAUUGCACAUUUAGCAUGAUUUUUUCUAGGAUUGCCAAUUGUAAGUAAUUAAGUCUAGUAUGCUAAUUUAACUAAAAUGAUUACUGCUGUAUUUUUAAAAUCAAAUUAAAAAUUAAUAUAUAAAUAAUACAAUAUUUUAUCUACAAAUAUUUUCUAUAUUUCAACUUUGCAAAAAAAAAAGUGUCACAUUUGUUACAGUAAUGGGAAUUUAACUGGUUCUUUAAUAUUUAAGUGUCCAUGCAUUUUAUAUCCAUCAAUACUUUUUUUUUAAAUAUUAAAAUUAUUGUAUACUACACAAUAAUAUCUAUUAUUAUUGAUUUUUAUAAGCAUUAUUUAAAGUUUUGACUACUUUAUAAGUAUUAAUAUAAAUUGUUGCUAACAUAAAUUCAAAGAGAAAUGAAAAUUGAUGUUGAAAAAUAUAAAUGUCAAAUAAUUAGGUAUACCCAAUUAUAGUUUUUUUUUUUUUCUCGUAGUUGGAAACAAAAAUGAUGCUCCUGAUCGAAAAGUUGUAUUAACAGAAGAUGCUCAAAGAUUUGCUGAUCAAAUGGGUAUUCAAUUAUACGAAACUAGCGCCAAAGACAACAUAAAUGUUGAACAGGUAACAGGAUUGUCUUGAUUUAUUUUUAUAUACUAAAUAUUUUAUUGUAAUAACAUAACUAAAUAAUAAUAAAAUUGCAAAUAUUUAAACAUUACAAAAAAUAAUUACAAUCUUUAAGCAAUGCUUAUUUUAAUGGUAGAAAAUCACAUAUUAAAUGAUUAAGUGUUAACAAAAUUAAAGAGAAAGAUAAAUUUAAUUAUGAGAAUAAUAGGUAAGUUGUGAAUUAAUAAUUUCAAAAUCUAUAAAGAUUUAAAUAAUAAUUAAUAAACUAAUACAGUUGCAAUAAAAAAUAAUAAUAUAGUACAGAUAAAAUUAAAAUCAUUAUAUGAGUGUUCCAAAGGCAAAUACCAAUUCAUAAUUUUUAUAUAAAUAUAGUUUUAUAGUGUAUAUAUAUUGGGUGUCUAAACUAAAUUUACUAAUUUUACUAGUCAGGCUAAUGUUUCUACUUUUUAUAACUUUACUCUUUUACACAUUUUUUUUUACAAACUAGGGUUUAAUUCAAAAUUUCUUAAAAUUUUGUUUAAGUUGAGAAUUAAAACAAUAAAUCACAACUUAAAAAAAUAGAUAAAUUUUUUAAUUUAUAAAUAUUUAAGAUACCUGUUAAACAUUUAAAAUCAAUUAUUGGUACUUUGGUUUCUUUCCAUAUUUUUUAUAUUUUUGUUAAACUUUCUCCUUUUCCAUAUAAGAAUCACAUAAUACUUUUUUUACAAUUUGUGUACCUGCUUUCCAAAUCAUAAUUUCCUUUCUAAAAGGUUAAAAUAAAAAGUUCAAUAUUUCUUUUUAUAUAUAUAAAUAUAAUCAUGAUUUAUUAUUAAUGUAUGGAUUUAGUGUAUAUAAUAUAAUUAUAAAAAUUAGAUGAUAAAACAUGUCACUCUAUUGAAUUAUAAUACUAUUGUAUAAUAUUUAUUUACAUUAUAAUGAUAAAUUACUAAUUUAAAUUAUAGCAAAUAGUUUUAUAAAACAUAAUAGAAUAUGAAAAUUAUGAUUUAUAAACAAUUGCAUCACAAAAUUGUUUAAUCUACAAUUGGAUCAUUUUUAAAUACACCCUCUAUUAUAGAUGUUUAUGUCGAUUACUAAACAAGUGUUGCGGAACAAAAAGGAAACCAAGGAACGGCAAGCACAUCAAAAUGAUGAUGUAGUGAAAAUAAAAGGUCAUUCAAAAGGAGCAAAAAGAAAAUGUUGUUGAAUCCAGCUGUUGCUGUAAGUUUUUCAGUUUUAAGCUAUAAUUAAAUAAUUAUGAUUUUUUUUUUUUUUUGUUACCACAUACACAUUAUCAUAUGUGAAUUCACAAAGCUCAAAGUUUUUAUUUCACAUUUAUAAACAACUUAACAAAAUAAAAUCAUAUUUUAGUUUUUAACUAAGGCUCUACUUUUUAAUAGGUUUCAAUAUGUAAAAAUCAUUGAAUGUCAAUUGAUUAUUAUCAUAUUAUGUUAAUAUUUAAUAUAUUUUUCCUUAUAUUUACCAUUUUGUUUCUGAUUUAUAAUGUCAACACAAUAUCAUUAGUAAAAUAUUAAUUUAAUUAUUUCUUGCCUUUAGAAUAUUUAUGCAUUUGACGCUUUGUACAACUUAAAUUGUAAUGGUCUAUCAUUAUACAGUAUAAAUGUGAUAUAUUAAAUUAAUUUAAAUAUGUUAUACAUUCUGAUCAACAUAUUUUAAAUGAUAAGCAUAUUUUACAAAAUCAAAUAACUUAAUUUAAAUAUUGAUAAAUGUCUAAUUUUUACCUAAAAAUGUACUUUUUCAAACAAUUUACUUACGAAACAACUAUAUAUUCAUAAAUAAAUGUAUUUUAAGCAUUAGCAUUUUGUUUAUACCUGUAAAAUGUAGAUCAGAAAUAAAUCAUAAAAUAACUUACAUUUUUAUACCUACAUACAAUUUUUGUAUUUUCAAAAUAAUUUUACUUUUUAAUACUAUUUGGCAUUCUUUUAUGAAUUAAUCUAUAAUGUAUUUGUUUACAUACAUUAAUUUGGGAACGGGAAUAAUUGUUGUAUACAAUUUUUAAAAAAACAAUAAUAUCUUUAAUUUAUAGAUAUUUUUAAAAUAUCUUAUAUCUGUUAACAUAUUUAAAUAAAAAUAAUGCAUUAGUAAAUAAUUAAUUGUGUUUGAAAAAAAAAUUUAAAAAAUAUUGUUCCCAAUUAAAUAAUAAUAAAAACAAAGUUUUUGUAGAUUCUCAAUGUUAAAUUAUACUCAGUAAAAAACAUUCUCAUUAAAAUUCAGACUAUUAUAAGUAUUUAGUUAUUUGAAUACUAAACAUUGAUUAAUUUGCAAAGUAUGUAAAUUUAAAUUUGUAUUGUUUUUACACUAAUAUUACAAAACAUAUUUUUAUAUAACUUAUCAAAUAUUAUUCGAUAAUAAACAAAAUAAAUCCGUUCCCUAAAAAUUUAAAAUUAUAAUGUUAUUUUUUAGUUACUAUCCAAAAAAAUUACUAUUUUAAGAUAGUGAAGAAUAUUCUAAUAUUUUUACUGUGUUUUAAAUUAUUAUAUUUUUGUGCAACACUUUUUUGUUGUUAGAAAUUAUAGUUCAACCAAUUUAGUUUAAUACUAAUUCAGUAAUAAUCUCAAAUAUUCAAAUUUAUGACUAUAAUAAUUGAGUCUCACAAAAAUACUUGAUCUAUUAAAUGUUUUUACUGUUAAUCAAAACAAAUUUUUAAUUUUAAUUCAAUACUUUAAAAAAGUGUUACAUAACAGUAGUACAUACAUAUUUUAUUUUUUUUUGCAUCUAUUUAUACCUCUUAAUUUAUUCAAUUUAAAUGCUUAAAUAUGUUAUUCAAAUUAUUGUUAACUCAAUCUAAAAACUGCUAAAUACUAAAUAUUUGUGUUUACAACUAUAUAUUUUAUGAUAAGUUUAAAGCAGUUUUCCGAGUAAAUGUAGGAUUAUAAACAGAUAUAAAUAUUUGAUUUAGAUUUAAAACAAUAAUCAAUAUUCAAAAAAAGUAAUAUUACUUUAGGUAAAUAAUUACAUAUACCUGCAUAAAUAAAAUAAUAUAUUAAAAAUGUACAACACUAAUUUUUCCUUUUAAAAAUUAUCAUAUAUGAUAAUUAAUUAACAUUUGAAAUACCUAGAUAAGAUCCUUUUAUUUUUAUAAUAGGUAUACUGUCUUCCAUUAAUUUUUAUAUGUAAAUAUCCAAUUAUAACAUUUAAUAGAUAGUCUGUGAUGUUAAAUUUUGAUUGAAUAUAACUCAAUUAUUAUUCUGUUUAAAUAUAAAAACAUUAUUUUUAAAAAAUGUGUUAUUUAGAGUGUUGGUGUAUAUUAUACUCUAUAAUCCAUAUUUAUUAUGGUAUGUAUGUAUAAUUCAUUUUAAAUAUAAAGUUUGUGUUGUAAAAAAAAAUUUGAAUAAAUUAAAAUAUAUUACUGCUAAAAAAAUUAUUAUUAAACAUACAAAUUGAAGGUAUAAAUUUUAAUUUUGAAAUUAUUUGUUUCCGUUUUAAACUUCUCAAUAAUUAACUGAUAAAUAAUGUUCAUACUAAAAUAUUAUUAAUAUUAUAACUAACUAAAUUUUGUUAAACUAUUCAUAUCUUAAGUUUAUUAAGCUAUUCAUUUAAUUUUAAUCAUUCAACAUCUUCUCACAUUUGAUACAAUUAAAAUUUUUGUAUUUUUCAUAGACUUAUCCACCCAAUCAUACCUACAUGUUAAAAUGUUUUGACAAAUUGUAACUGGUACUCAUAAUAUAACAAUAUAUAUUUGAGGGUAAACUAGCCCUGCAUUGAAUUUUCAAUGGUCUGAUCUUGAAUUCAUGUCAUAUUGGCUUGCUUUUAUCAUCAGUUUGUUAUAUUUUUUAAUUUUCUAAAUUGAUCCUCUUGAAUUUAUACAUUAAAAUACAAUUUAAUUUGAUAUUUUAAUGUACUUUUAUUUUCUUUGUUACUAUUGUUACCCAUGGCUAAUUGUUACAUUUCUUUGGGUUUUUCACACUUAAGAAUAGCUUUUCAAUAUUAUAAAAUAAUAAAAUUUAUAAUAUUAUUUAAUAAACUUCCUGGCUUGAAAUAUAAUCCUAGUCUGCUACUACAUUUCAUUAUUAUCAAUACAUCAGUUUAGAUAUUUCUACUGAGGUUAGUGAUAACUAUACAUUUGAUAAUUUAUUAUUCUUUACGAAUAUUUUUUUUUUCUUACAUAAAUACUAACAAAAUAAAUAAUAAACAUAUUUUAUUGGAUUUAUUUAGUAUAACUGUCAUUCCAUUUUUAUUAUAUUUUUUUUAAUUACUAAAUGUAAAUUUGUUAUCCAGUUAUUAUCAUUAUAUAACAAGUAUCAAUUAAAUUUAUAUUGUAUUCUUUUAAAAUAUUGGUUAAUACAAAAUUUAAAUAAUUUUACACUGCAACCUACAAAAUUAUUUAUAGAAAAAUAUAAAAUAUUUAAAAAAAAAAACAAUUAUACAUUUAUUAUAAAAUAAUACUUAAUAUUAUGUUAAUAUUUAAUUUAUAAUGAAAUCAUUUUAAAUUUCAAAAUGAAAUCCCUUUUUUUAUAAUAUACAACAAUUAUCAUUAAAAUGUUGACAUAUUGAGCAAAAAUGAAUUAAAUGCCACUUUCUAUACACUAUUAAAAAAAAACCAUAAGCAUAUAAUAAUAGAUACGUUGUGAAAAAAAUAAUGAAAACAUCUGCUCAAUGAACACAAAAUCAUAACUUUUAACUUUGGUUUCAUUACUAUACAAUUGUAUGUUUAUAAUUGAUUAAAUAAAAAAAAAAUGUAUAUACACACCAACAAACUACCUACUGAAAUAAGAACCAUUAAAGUUUCAAUUUUUUUAGAACUUACAUGGUUAAAUAAUAAUAUAUUAUAAACCUUAAACAGUUCAAUUAAGUACAAUUGUUUUAUAAAAAUUAAUUUUAUGAUUUAUAAUAAAUUGUACUGUCAUUUUUAGAAGUUGGGUAUUUGGUACAUUUUUUUUACUUUGAGAGUAUAAUACAUUUAUUUUUGGUUAAAUGGUUAAAUUAUAUUGUAAAGUAAUUAUUUAAAUAAACUGUUAUAUCACAUAAACAUUGUAUAAAAUGUAUUGUAUUCAAAAAAUAAAUUUACAUCAUUAAUAAUUAUAUUAUCUGACCACUAUUUGUAAAUUAUUUUAAUUAUACUAUUUUGUUUUUAUUUUGAAGUUCUUAUGUAUUAUUGAAAUGAAUUGUGAUGAAAUUAAAUCAAUUUUGAUAAUAAAAUAAAUCAUUCCUAUGUUAAUAUUAUAAUUAAAUACAUUUUCUUCCCUAUUAAAAAUCCAGUGGCGUGUUUAUUAAGUCUUAAAAAAGCUAACCAAUCUAUUACUCAUUAUAAGUUGUUAAAAUAUUAUCAAGUAAAUAAUUAAAAAAAAAAAAAAAAACAUUUUCUAUAAAAAUGUUUUUUUUUUCUGUUUUACUAGUAUGGAAAUGUUAAAUGUUAAAUUUGGUUUGUAUUGCAUGGAAAGAACUACUAAAUAUUGUUCUACGGGCCAAUAAUGUCUUAUCCAUUAUGUUAUAUUAGCAUUUACUAUGAUAUUUGUAUUCAUUAUAAUAUAAUUAUAAAUAAUAUGAUAAUUAAUCAACAGUUAUAUUACAUAAGGUUCUUAAAAUUGUAUAUUACGCUUUUUUAGUUGUUAUAGGUAUGAAGUACAAAUAUAAUAUAAUUUUUACGAUUGCCUUGUAUGAAAUAUACAAAUAUGUUUAUAUUAAACUAUUUGUUUAGUUUUGCUGGUAUGUUUUAAUUUUUUAAUUAGUUUAUGUCAUAUAUUAGUUUUUACAAUAAUUUGUUUUAAAAUUGCACUAUCACUGUUGUAGGUGGUAUGUUGGGAAGAUAGGAUACAUAAUGUUGUUUAAUUUAUAUUAGUUACACUAAAUGAUAAAUCAGUGUAGACGAAAUACGAUUUUGAAAUUCUGAACAAUGUUCCAUCAUACAUGUUUUGUAAAAUGUUUGUCAACAUUUGAACUGAGGAAAAAUAUUUCACUGUUAUGUUCAAUUAUUUUUUUUUACAACUAAGUAAAACUUAUGAUGAACUUCCUGUACAAUUAUGAUUUUCUGAUCGGCCAAAACAAUUUUAUUUUAAAUAAAAACUUAGAAAACUAAAAAAAAAUGUCAUCUAUGAACACUUUACCACUUCUAUAAAAAUCCAAUAUAAGUAUUCUGUUAACAUUUCAGAUCUCUAAGAUAUUUUUAACCAAAGUACAAAAAGGAAAAAAAAUCGAAAAUAACAAAACCAAGUAGACCCAACAUGUUCUCUUAACAUCAUAUUAAAACCAAUAUUAUAUUUUUCGCUGAACUCAGAAUAAAAAAUAAAAACUUAAAUUUAUACAGGUAUACAUUUAAAUUUUCGCAGUUUAAAAAGUAUCAAAAAUAAUACUAAAAACAAAAUACUUAUCUAUUAAUAAAUUUAAUACAAUAUGAAAUACAAUUACCGUUUUGUAGGUAAUGGGUAUUACUAAUUUCCCGAUGUUGGUAUACCUACUGUUGCCGACUUGUCAAAUACGCAACGUAUUUAAUCUGAUAAUAUUUAAUAUUGUAUUCGUAUUUACUCUACGUUUUAUUCCUGUGUCUCACGUCACUGUUAUACCAUUGUUGACGUUGCAUCAAGUCAUCUCGCACUCGCUUUUUUUUUCACUUUCUGUCAAACGGCAUUUACAUAAAUAAUGCGUGCACGAUGUAGUUGCAUAGCAGUAGGUAGGUAUACAUUAUAAUAAUAUUAUGUAUGUUCUCGCACAUAUUAUAUUACUUACCACCCGUUUUAUCACAUGACAUAAUGCGUAAAUAAUGAAUCGAGGCACUUGUAAGUAGAUGGCGGUACGUAAUUAUUGAUAAUUGAACGUGAUUAACGCAAUUAUUUGUGUCUCGGGGCUAGAAAGUAUAAUGAGAAACUGGUGGCGGUCACGGAACAUCGGCGGUGGUGUUCGCGAACGUCGCGGUUUUGAAAAGCGAAUUGUUCACGAUAAUAAUAAUUAGUUCAAUGGUACACGUAAUGGAGUAAUAACAAUCCUACUUAUCAUUGAAUGUAGGUUAGUAAGUAUAGGUAAGUGCGGGACGAUUUAUAUUAAUUACCUGUUGUUUUAAAACGUCGGAAACGUUCGGACUUGUGUAUAAUUAUUGGUACAAGUAUUCUUUUGGAAAAUACAACACCGCGCACGUACCUAUUACAAUGGGCUGGUGUCUACUCAAGCAGCCUAUUAGGAACACAUUUUAGCGCGAGAAAACUAAAUUUACCGGUUUUCGAGCAUGUAAAAAAGUCUCGUAAAUUUCAUUAAAAUUAAAUCUGACAUUUUUAUAGUUCUAAUAAUCCAUAAAAAUCCGGAAUCUUUUUGAUUUUCCCGGUCGUUUUCAUAUUAAAAAAAAAUCUGUCCUAAAAUAAUGGAGACGAGUGCAGCCACUAUUGUAGGUGGGAAGUUGGGAAAGUAGGAUAUAGACAAGAAUUCAAUGUAUAUCUGUACGCAACGAUUAACCAUUAAUAAUGAAAGAACGAUUCUCAAAGGAGUUCGGUUGAUAGUGUUAGUUUGUCAUAGUAUGGUAAAAUAAUUACAUAAUAAUUACAUGUACAUUAAACAUUUUCUUUAAUAAUAUUUGUUUAAUACUGUACCUAUUUUUCCUGUUUUCCCAUUUAUUGAGCAAACUCCUGGGAAAAUCAAAAAAUGACCUCUCUAAAGUACCACCCCGGUAAGAUUUUAUUUCAUAAAAAAUGCCAUCAUUGUAAAUAGGAUCGAAAUUGCCGGUAGAAAAGUUGUUCAUAGAUAAAAAAAUAAAAUAAACACUGUAAAACCAAUAGGUAUAUUCCUCGUUCCACUCGGAAUCUAAAAUGCCUAUUGAUUAUAAAAAUGUUUGUUACUAUUGCAAUAUAUCCAUAAUGCUAAUAAUAAAAGCCUACACACAGUUCGGUACGGUUGGUGUAUCCUUGGGUUAAGUUAGAAAAUAAAUGCUAUUUGAAUAACCAUCUUGGUUUUAAUUUACUAAUUUAAAACGGAAUCUGUACGGCAAUGUUGGUCGUGCAGUCUAACUGUAACUGCGCGCUAUAUACACGGAUAUAGUAACCAUGAAAACCCAAUGAUAACAUCGCAACGUGACACGGUAAGCCUCUAUACGGUGUGUAAUUCAAUUUUGAAUAUAUUUUUUUUUAUAUAUUUAUUAUUAUUAGUUGAACCUGCUCCGCGAUUUCAGGUUGCACGCUCUGCAUAUUUCCGUGAUAGGUACGUUGCGGUGUUGUUUAAUUUUAAUUAAAAGUUGAAAUUCAUCAUAAAGGCGGUUCCAACCGUCAGAACUUAUAUAUACAAGUAGUUUAGGUGUAUCUCAAAAAAAUAAUAAUAAUAAUAACGAAGGAAAAAUGUGUACCUGUUAAUUGCAUUUACACGAUUGUAUAACAUUAUAAUAUCGGUAUAUAUUAUGUAGUCCGCGAUUUGAUCACUCGCUUGUGUUUAAAAUAUAUAUAUUUAUAUGGUUAUUAGACCUAAGAAUUAAAUAAUUUAUGUAAGUAUACUUAGGUAUAGUGAAAGGAUUCGAUAGAUACGCAAUGUCAAGGGUUAUUACAAAGAAUCUUAUAUAAAGUGGUUUUACAAAAAUGUCGAAAACCAUUUAAAAACAAAUUACUGUAUGUGUGGAUUACCUUUCUGCGAUAAUUUGUUGUUAAUGGUCGCUUCGUGAUGUACAUAAAAUGCGGUCCGACAAAACGAACUUGAAAAUCUUAAAAACUUGUUAUAAUACUCAUAUUGUGGAUUAUCUGCGUUCCAUAAACCCAUUUUUUUGUCUAUUCAUCUUUGUAUAUUAGGUAUAUUUUCAUUGCGUACCACCAUCUCGGUGCUGUUUAUUUAACUAGUUUAUAAUGAAUUUUUUUUAUAAAAUGCCUAUAAUUUUAACAUAUAACUUUUAACUGUUAUUUGUAUACUAUGAACAUGUUUAGAUAAUACAUUAAUACCCUAAAACUGGUACAGUGGUGCCUACACAACUACCCAAACACGUCUAAAUAGGUAUUAUUUACAAAUUAUAAUAAUUGACAUUAAUUUAGAGUUCACAGACAAAUUUAGGCUAUAAAAAAAAAUUAUUAAAAUUCGUUUUUCCUAACAUUGUAAAUUAUUAACACCAAUCUUCUAUGUUAAGUUUGUUAAAACGGGUUGGUGACCAGUCCGUUCCCAGUUUUUGGGACCUACCUAUAUCGAUGGGGGUUAGGUUAGGUUAGGUUCAAUUAAUAAGUAUUAUAAUUUUAUUAUAACCUAAUUGAAAAAUGAUAUGAAUAUCCUAAAUUAUAUUUUCACUGUUUUCAUUAUAGUUUGUUAAAAUCAAUUAAUCUUAAAAAGACGCUAUUCGUCAUUUAUUUAAAAAAGAAGUUUUUGUUCAAUACAAUGUUAUUCAAAGCAACCAAAGUUUAUGUUAGUUGUGAAAUUCAGAGUAUUCAGACAUACAUAAUAUGUGUAUCAUAUGUUUACAUUUUUUCGUGUCAUUAGAACAGAAAUAUUUUCUGUUUGGUCAAAAAUUAAUUGGACGCAUAUUACUAUAGGAAGAAUAUUAUGAUACGGUCUUUAUAACCAAAAUGAAAAUGUUACUGCAGUCAGUAAAAUUUUAAGUAUUAUUGUGUCUUUAAAAUGAUUAUUAAAUGGUCGGUUUUUCGAAUAUAAAAUUGAUAACAUUUUUUAUAAUUAGCUGGUAGUGUAAAGAAAAAACAAUGAUAGUUUUUUUGUCAUUGGUUGAAUAUCACGACAAUUAUGAGUGUAGGUGGUACCUACGUAUUUAUUUUUCUCCUUUUAAGAUACAGAGAUAUAAUUAUAUAGGUACUAUAUAGCUCACUUUUUACAUUUUUAAACAAUAAAUUUUACAAUUUAUAUAUAUAUAUAUGUAUUGUAGCUUAAAAACAGUAAUACGAAAAUAAACACCAUCACAGGAAUUCAAAGGUACGGUUAUUUGGAUAAAUGGCAAGUCUUAAAAAGUGUAUAUAUUCUUAUCCUUACUAGUAGAUAUAUUAGAUAUAGUGAAGCGGUGGAUGAAUUAGUUUCACUAUUUUUUUCUUUUUUAAUUGUAUAUAUUUAAUGCUAGUGAAUAACUUUUCCAAAAAUCUUGCUUUGAAGGAAAAUUUUAUUUAGUUGGGUCAUUUUUGGUUUUUUUUUGUAGUUUUCUUGAUAAUGAGGAAAAUUUACAUUAUGAAUGUUUCCGUUAUUUUCGUUUUAUUUUUUUGUUGUAAUUCAGUUGAAAAUAAUUUUAGAUAGAUACCUAAAUUUUCAGAAAUUGACAAUGUAUAUGUCAAUACAAUCAAUGUCAUUAAUAUGGAUUUCAAAUUAUCACGUUUUUCUUAGUUUUUUAAUAGUUUUACGGGGAUAAAAUGGUUUUGAUCGAACCAAAAUGUUUGAAAAAUGAACACAAGGUUCAUCAUAAGAAUGAUGGUAAAAAAAUUAAACGUAAAUAUAUAGUAGUUUUUUUUUUUUUUUUCAUAAGCUAUUUUUAUUGUAUUAAAUAGCGAAAAUCACGGAGUCACAAAACAUGUUCAAAAUCGUUUAUCGUUAAGUACAGACAUAAAUUAAAUUAUAAUUUAUAUUAACCACAUUUUUUUCUCACGAUUAUUAAUUAUUUUAGGUGUAGACAGUUAGAUACUAAAUGUACCUUCUAGUAUAUUAUUUUAAUUUGUGGUAGAUACCUACCAUUUAAUUUGUUUAAACGCACAAUACAUAUUAAUCAAAGGUAAUAGAUAUAGAUUAUAGAUUCAAAGCAUUAAUGGCAAAAAUAAUUUGGACAUUUUUUUUUCUACUCAGCAGUAUAUUUUAUUCUAGGUAUUACAAUAAGUUUUUAAUUGCAUCGUAUUGUGAUAUUCAACCGACGAUUAAAUAAUAAUACAAAUCUAUUGUUUUCUCUGGUUAUAUUAUUAUAUAGUAUAGACGGUAUAUUCGAAGACUCCGUUAAUAAGUGUAAUAUAUUACUUAUUCUGUUUACAGGUAGGUAUUUCAAAAAAUCGCAUUUAUUUUUUGGACAAAGGCUAUACGUAAUUGUUACGAGAGAGAUUUCGAUUCCGAUUAAAUUGUCGCGAAUGUAACAGUGAUACAAUAUUAUUUUCCAGAUCAAAUGACGUGGAACCCUACUGCACCAUUAUUAAGACCUUAAGGAAAUAAAUUUAAAUAAAACAAAAACCUGGCUAUAUAUUCUUAGAAAUUGUAAACAUAAUAUAUAACAUAACCAUGUUCAAUUAUAAUAAAUGAAAACCAGUUUCGAU